GGUCCCAGGCUUCGCCCCCAGCCCUUAGCAACCAGGAACAAUAGUCCUCUCACCAAACAGAAGCUCAGUCGUGAUAACCCGGCGCGUCGGAGGCAUCCGGAGAGGCAGGAAGGAGCCCGGCAGGAGGAAAUAUUAAAUGCAGCAAUAUAAACACGGCAGGAGGGGCUGGCUCCGCCCCGGCCUGGCCCCCAGUGAUAAGGGGCUGGGGGGGGGACACAGGGUGGGCAGAGCCUGGUCGGGAUGGAGAAGAGCAGCUUCGCCAUGGCCAGGUUCGGUCUGGAGAGCAAGGAGGCGAUGCCCAAGCGGGACUGCGGGUUCUAUGUGAAGUACAUCUUCCUCUUCACCUCCCUCAUCCAGUUCCUCAUCAUCCUGGGACUGGUGCUGUUCAUGGUGUACGGGAAUGCCCAGGCAGGCACUGACACCCACCUCCGGCUGCUGGAGGAGCAGCUCCAGGAUCGUUACAGCAAGAUCAUCACCCUCAGUGGGAGGAACAUCAACCUGACCCGUGUCCUCAACACCACCCUCAAGGAGAAGCAGGGGCUGCAGGCCCUUGUCCAGAAGGUGCAGAAGGACCUGGAGAAGUGCAAUAGCACCCAGGUCCCCAACCCCAUCCCCAAGCUGCAGGAGAUGAUGAUGAUCAUCAUCUACCAGGCAAAGAAGCUGGACGAGUGCCACGUGACCAUCAGUGUUAUCAACUCCAGCUGCAGUGCUGAGAAGGCUCUGCUGAGGAGCCAGCUGGACCAGACCACCCUGGCCAAGAAGGAGCUGGAGGAAAACUGCCGCAAAGCUGGUGCCACCUUGACCAAAACCACCCAGGAGCAGGAGAGCUGCCAGCGGGACCUGCUCAGCACCCGAACCCUCUGGGAGUCCACCAGGACCAACCUGGAUCUGCUGAAACACGAGUGUGGGACCUUGAGCAACGUUGCCAGCACCUACCAGCGCAUCAAGGAGGUGCUGAACCCCUACGGCUGCAGCGCUGCCGAAAACCAGAUCAACUGGUUGACCCAGCAGACAGAGGGACUCUUCCGCUGGCAGCAGGACCGGGAGACCAAGUACGUGGGGAAAAGUGUCUGUGACAUGAACCUGCUCCAUUGUCGCAUCAACUGCUCUGGGGAGAAGCAGGAGCUGGAGAAGAGGCUGCUGGACUUGGAGAAACAGGUCAAGGGAGGGCAGGAGGAGAAGAAGAAGCUGCUGGCAGAGAAGGGGCAGCUUGGGAAGGAGCUGGAGGAGAAGAGCAAAGCUGCAGCACAGGCUGGGCGCUUAAAGGAGCAGCUCAGCAUCUGCAUGGGCUCCAAGAUGGAUGCCUUCUUUGACAUCCCAGGCUCACGAGUGCCAGGGGGGAGUGGGCGGCUGGGACCCUUCAACACCUAUGCAGAUGUUCUGAGGAACCCAGGCUUCCUUGGGAACACAGGUAAAAUCAACGCAGAGGAGAUCCAGCGGUCGGUGCAGAAGAUCCUGGAGCAGUACACGUCCUCCCUGAAGAGCCCCAGCGGCUAACAGCCCAGCAGCCCAUGGAAAACAAGACAAGCCCAGGAGGUGCUUCCCACGGCACGGAUGGCAAACCCUGACUGGGAACGAGCUGCUGGCACCACUGUCAUCCUCACCCUAUGCUGGGGGGGGGGGUGCCAGGGCCACCCUCCCCUGUCCCCUUCCCCAUACUUGCCCUCCCCCCAUGUACCCCUAUGCUUGGAGACGUGGCAAUUGGCAGCUGGAAAUACAGCCGGCCCUGAGCCCCGACACAGCUUGCUGCACAUGUGGCUGGAUGCCAGUGGUGGUGGGGGAACGCAGAUUCCAGGGCUGGGAACGGGGACUGGGAACAUCCCGUGCCCUUGGCUGUCCCCGCUGGAGAGCGGGAAGCCCUUGGCCACCGAGUCCCUGGGCCGGCCGGGGCGGGGGCAGCUGCGGGACACGGAGCGCGGUGCUGAUCGGCGCUGAUUUACUGCUGCUGCUUCCUGCUCCCGCCUGCUGAAAAGGGCUUUUCCUGCCUGUCCGGCUCCCCGCACGCCAGCCCCUG